GCCAUCUAAUAUUUAAUUUAAUUAAAUGUUUUUAACUCAAUAUUUUUAAUACAUACAGCGCCAAAGUUGCAAAAAACACCGUUUGUAUGUAUUCGUACAAUACGUUACGGAGAGUACUAGACUAAGUAAUAAAUAUUCACAAAACGGUAUUAACAACACUAAAACCUAGUAGUUAUUUACUCAGUAAUAAUAUAUUUGUGAUUUUUCCAGCAAUAUUUAUUUGUAUUAUUGACUACACUUACACAUUGAACAGGAAAAAAUACAGAAAUAAGGUUAGAUUUUAGGUUAUUUGUUAUUAUGUCAAAUGUCGAUCAAAACUGUCAAUUGGAAUCGUCGUCAAAAAGUAGUGUUUUGUUUCCGGUUAUCUCAAAUAAUAUUAAUUUCACAUUAGCUGUCACUUGCAAAUAAAGGCAUGUUAUGUAGUAAUUUGUCAUACCACAAACUAGAAUUGCUUUCCAGCACUGAACAAAUAAGCGUUACGUUUCAUAUUCUAGUUAAAUUACGAUUGAUAGACUUUGAACGGACUGAAUACUCAUGCUUUCAUAAUUUAUUUUCGAACGAUGUAUCCAGAGACUUAAAAAAAGGCCAUUGGCAUAAUUCAUCAUGGUCACAUUACUCACCUGAUUUUGACAGAUUCAUUGACACUGAAUUACUUUGACAUUUUUUUUCUAAUAUACCCAAACUGAAUAUUUAUUUCUUGUUAUUCAGUGAAAUAUCGAAAUUUUUUAAUAUUGUAAUUAUGACGCGACAAAUUUCUUUUGACGAAGUAAAGAAACAUAAUAAUAAAGACAGCGUGUGGAUAGUAAUUCAUAAUGAUGUAUACGAUGUGACUAGUUAUUUGGAAGAACACCCUGGUGGUGAAGAGGCACUGUUGGAUGUGGCUGGAAAGGAUGGCACACAGGCCUUUGAAGAUGUCGGUCACAGUGAGGAUGCCCGAACUGUUAUGAAGAAGUUCAAAAUUGGAACUCUUCCUCCCUCAGAGCAAAGUGGAUCUUCAAAUGUUACCAAUUGCUCCAAUCUAAAGUGGGCGAUCGUAGCUUUGGCUGGCGCUAUCGUUGUAGGCAUUGUUAUCAAAAAGUAUUUGAGUUAAUGAAGAUUGAAGAUUGAAGCGAUGAAAUAAGAUCGAGUCAGCAAUAAAACUGGUUACUGGUGACCGGUAUAUAAUAAGUAGUUGUAAGCCAAUUGAUGUCUGUAUCCACUUGUAACCAAAUAAUAUUCGAAUAUUUAUGUACUGUGAAUAUUCCUGCUAUAUUUCGUGAAAUAUGGAUAGUGCAUUUCGAAAUGAACAGAUGAUUUAUAUUUUUUUUAUUACAAAUGUUAACUACUUAUAUUUACAAUAAGGGGAUUGCUUGACUGUAGGUACAACAACAUUAUUAUUGUGAUAUAGAUUAAUUGUACGAAGUUGUGCUAUGAAAUAAACUAAAAUUUUGUUUUGUAUUCCGUCACAUCUUUACAUAUCGCUCAAAUGAAUAUAAAAUUGUUUUUAGUACCUAUUUAUUUUUAUCGUUACAAUGUGUGUCCAUCCACGGAUGUACCGUAUAGGUACUCGGUGCUGUUUUAUAAUAUUUUGUUAUGUAAGUACUUAGAUCUUUUUAAAUCUAUCGUAGACAAUAUUUAUUUUAUUUACUAAAAUGGAUGUACAAUGUCUUGAGACAAUAAAAAAUACUAGUUGAAUAUCAUUUUUUUCAGUCAUCUUUAUAUUCUGCAUGAACCAUCCCAUGACUUCGAAUAUGCGCCUUGAGGUACCAAUUAGAACAUUAUAAUGUU